CGAUGGUUUUCUGCAUGGCUUGUAGCUGCGGGGGCUAUCGUGAGGCGUCAUCUCGAGCUCCACUACCGGUCGCAGGCCUGACGAACGUCAUCGGCCAUUACCCAAACCUUCACCGACCAACAACCCAGCAGCCACGAUUGGCUUAGUUUGUACUUGAUGGAUCCUCUCUCAGUUACAGCGUCGGUUGCCGGGUUGCUGCAGGCCGCGGCCAAGGUCAUCGGGUUUCUUUCCAGCGCGGCCGACGCUCCCAGCACGGUACGUAACGUGCUCACUGAAGUCCAAGCGCUGAAUGGGAUCUUUCAUCAACUGUCGGACUUCAUUAAUCAUUUCGACGAACAAAGCAUGGCUCAGAAAUCUAAGAUCUCGGUCGAACAUCUAGUAAUCACUUUGACUGGCUGCGUAUGUACCUUCUCUGAACUCGACGCGGAGCUCGAAAACCUCAAGACCGACGAGGUCACCGGCCCAAAGUCUGGGCUGGGGGCCUAGGAUAGGGUGAAGUGGGCCGCGAAAGAGCAGGAUAUCGCAAAGAUACUACGGAAUCUGCAAAUGCACAAGUCAUCUCUGACUCUGAUACUGUCUUUUUAUACAAGGUCG